AUGCUAGUUCUUCAACUAUUGAUAUUUGUGCUUAGAUUGUAAUACCAGGAUAAAUUUGUAUAUGGUCAUUUAGAACAAAUAGAUAUUAAAAUUUAUAUAUUCCAUUUAAUCUCUUUAUGCUAAUUUCUCUAUAUCUAAUAUUUUAUAAAUUCAAAUACUUGUGCAGCAAUAGAAAAUGAAUUUCCUGAUUAUGAUCCUAUAUAUAGUGCUAAAGUUGAUUUAAAUCGAGCAAAUUGUAAAUUUAGUACUAAAACAACUAAUUGUAAAGCUAAUAAAGAUAGUUGUUCUACUCAUUGUUGUACAGAAGAUGAUAUAACAGAAAUAAAUGCACAUUCUUGUAGUAAAUAUUCAUCAAAAAGAUGUUAAUACUUAUUGUUUUUUUAAUAAUGA